AUGGCUGCGUUGGAGGCUAUUCAGUGGGCAAAACGCAAAGGAAUCACUAGUCUUCAUAUGGAAGGAGAUAGCAAAAAUGCAAUCAAUGUUCAGUGGGCUAUGUUAAGUGGACUACUUGCAAGGAAAAAAAAGAAGUUGUGGCAGAAAUCAGGAGAUCAAGAGGGAUACGGGCACCAGUUUGUGGUUUCAGAUGACCAGAAGCUUGAUUGGUAUGACAUGUUCCUUAUAGCAACUUUACCAACUAGAAUUCGAAAGGCUCAUGUAUUUGCCGCUGUCUCGUUACCACUGAGGGAGGCGUUGGAGGUUUAUUCGCUAGGAUUGAAAAAACUGACCAUGAUUCUUCUUGGACAAAUGUCUAAAGCUCUAAACAUGGACUCUAACGAGAUGAUAGAUUUAUUUAAUGAUUGUUCGCAAAGAAUGAGGUUGAGUUACUAUCCUCCUUGCCCAAAACCAGAGCAGGUAUUAGGUGCAUCACCGCACUCGGAUGCUUGUGCUUUGACGAUUCUUUUACAAAUUAACGAAACAGAUGGACUUCAGAUCCGUAAAGAUGGAAAAUGGCUUCUAGUGAAACCCCUCCUUAUGCUUUUAUCGUCAAUGUUGGAGACAUGA